GGGGGUGUUGGAUCGGGUCUUUCUUCCUCCUCCUCCUCCUCCCGAGUAGACCCGGCUCUGGGGCGGGAUGUAUUCGGCGGGGACGGAAAACUUGCUGCGGCAGGCCAGAGAGAUCCAGGAUGACGAAUUUAAAAAAUUUACUUCUCGGAUUUCUGGCUUCCUCCAAAAUCAAGAUUUUGGAAAUGAAACAGUGGAUUCCUUGCGAAGACUAUUUCUUAUUGUCUCCACCACCAAAUACAGUCAGAAAUUGGAGGACAAACUUGUUCAACUUCUGCAAACAACCCUAUACCUAUCAAAAUCUCCUAAGCAAAUCCAGAUACUUUGCAGUGCCAUACUGAGAGAGAGAUCAGUUUGUAAUGAUUUAUCUCUGCCUUGGGAUAAAUUCUGGGACACCAGACUAUUGAGUUUAGCUUUCUCCAUCAUACAAUCCCAAUGCGAUCAAAGGACAACUGUUGAAGAAAUGGGGCAGCAUGUAGUGAAAAUUCUGGAAGGCCGACUGCCGGAAGAUCAGAGUGCACGCCCUCUUCUCCCCAUCCUGUCAAAAGUCAUCAGUUCUGCACCGCUGAGCCUGAACGAAGACCAGAUCAACCUGAUCAGCAAAAGGAUGGUGGAUUGGCUGAGGUACGCCAGCCUUCAGCAAGGAGUGGCCCCAACAACAGGUGGCUUUUUCAAUCCAAGAGGAAAACAGCCUGGCCCCAUCACCGAGGUGGAUGGCACGGUGGCCACCGACUUCUUCACCGUGCUGUCGGUGGGCCAGAAUUACACAGAGGACCAGUGGCUCAACAUGCAGACUUUUUCCAUGCUGAGGAAGUGGCUCUUGUGUUACAGGAGCGAUACAACGAGCAAUUCAAAUUCAGACGACAAGUCGGAGGUGGAUGGCUCUCUCGUGUCGAUGGUCUCCGUCACAUCCACCUCGAGUCGCCUCCUUUCUCCAAGGGAGCGCUUGAGAGAAAAGGCCUUUGAGUACUGCCAGCGGCUUCUGGAGCAGAGCAGUCGCCGGGCUCUGAAGAAAGCAGAUGGGGAGCUACAGAAAGCUUGUCUCAUCGAAGCGGUCACUAUUAUGGACAUCAUCUGCCAGCACGACUCUUCUUACGUUUACCGCUCCCUCUCCUGCCUGAAAAACCUUCACGGACGAAUCAGCGGAGAUCCUUCUUGUGCUCGCGUGCUCAUUCCCAUCGCCCAGUUUUUUCUAAAUCACAGUGAGACGGCGGCUGUGGACUCCGAAGCCUUUUUUCAGCAUCUCUUCACCAAAGUUCCUGCCCAGCUUUUCCACAACCUCAUGCUGGCUUAUGAGUUCCUCCAAUUCUGCCGGCGGAACGUUGGAGUCUUCACCGAGAAUCUCGGCAUCUUCCAACAAAGCACCCCAAAUCUAUUCAAGUUCCUGGCUUGGAAUAGCCCGGCCCUGAUCGUGGAUUUCGCAGAUCUUUUGCCAGCCCUCCUCAGUCCGCAGAACGCCUUGGAGAUGUUCCACUUGCUGCUUGACCUUCCCUGCUUAACUGCUGCCCUGGACACCCAGCUGAGGUCUGUCUUGACCCCCUUAUCCGAGAGGUCCACCAUAGAUCCAUCUUCAAAACCUGUCACCUGCCUGGAAGCCUUCCGACACCCUCAAUACAGGGGCCUCUUCCAUUAUCUCCUGAGGGUUGAGUCCACUCCAGGUGACCCCAGCAGGCUGACUCCUCUUCGGCAGCUUUUGGGAUCCCUGGCCAGUCACCCUCGGGUUGGACAAUGUGCCAAGACCAUCCCACGCUUGCUGCGGCUCUUCUUCAGGUUGGUGUCCAAGUUUGCAGACGAAACUCUGGCCAAGAAGCUGACCUUGGCAGCCCUGGAGAGAAGUGAUCUGCUUUACGAGAUCCCCGGGUUCAAGGCCGAGGUGUUCAGAGUGAUGAGUUCCCAGCUACAAGUGUUGUGCAAGCAGCACCCCUCCUUGGUGGUGGAGCUGUCCAAGCCCCUUCUGGAGUUUUCAGGGACCGUGUCCAACAUUCAGACCAAGGAGGACCUCUUCACUCACGUGGUCUGGGCCAUUGGUGAAUAUGCAUCAGUGACGCACGAUAAACGUUGCACGGUGGAGCAGAUCAACACCUUCUUCGACGUUCUGGAAGCCAUGCUGUUUGAGAUCACCCAGCUGCGACCUUCAGCUAACAUCCCCAAGUAUUCGCCUCGUGUGAUCGCCGUCCUCAUGGCCGCCUUGAGCAAGCUAGCAUCUCGCAGCCAGGACCUGAUCCCCAGAGUUUGCCUGGUUCUUUCGAAGAUGAAGAUAUUCAUCCAGAGCCCGUCUGUUUCCUCGGUCUACUGUGCUGAAGAAACUGAGGCCAUCCUCACCCGGGCGACGGAGCUGAUGAACUUACUGAAAAUGCCCAGCGUAGCUCAGUUCGUGCUAAGACCGCCCUCCGAGGACUUAAGCCACCGGGAGACCCACAUCCCUUUGCUGCUGGCCAUGAAGAUGACCAGCCAGCUUUUGGAAGGAGGAACUGGCUCCGUUCCUGGAUGAGACCAACCUGAGGUUGCUUCCUGGUGAUGGGUUAGAACUUCCCUGGUGCCUUCUCAGUUUCUAAGGACUCCUGGAUCCCGCUUCACCGUUUCCUAGCACACCGGGGUGUCUUUACCGUCGAUGACAAACGUUGUCUCCGUCAGAACAUCUCACAUCUUGGUUUAUUAAAACCAUUCAUGGUCUA